AUGGCAGACUUCACGGACGCACCCGCCCCGCAUGGUAGACUGCGAAAAGACGGCCACGAAGCGAACCCGCGCAUGUCUCGUCGCGGCUCUGUCUGUGGACAUCCCGGUGAGUUCAUUGGAUUGUGGAAGAUUGAGAGCAAAAAUCAACGGCACAGCGCAAUCGGAUUCGAAUCGUUCCAGGAACACGGUCGAGCCGAGAAUUGCGCAGUAGACAUCGAGGCACGAUGUCUAGACUGCGCAACAGAAAGGAAAGAUAUGGGCGACAAGGAUCAAACAGUGCCACCACAAAGAACACUAGAGUCGCACCAGGCAGGCACGUACGCGGGCGAGACGGGCACAACCUCGCCAGGUGGACUUGACGACGUGCUGAAGAGGCACACAUGUUCGCGCCAUCAAGGCACAGUCACCAAGCCCUACCCACCCGUUUUCGAAGAGAAACACCAAGCUCAUUGCCUUGAAGUAGAAGCAGAAACUGGAACAUGUCCUGACAAGUGGCUGGCGAUUCCAACGACACGACCUUGGAACACGACGCCUCACACAGCAGGUCACAUGGGACUAGGAGGCUAUCAGAGAAGCGUAUCUGCCCUCUCCGGGAACGAAGCAUGCCAUCCGACUACCGAUUCUCCAGCUCCGUUUGCGGGAGUGUCUGCGUUCAUCGACCAUCUGAUCGCCGAGUAUGCCUCACCUGUCAAUAGCGGAUGUGACCCAGAUCCUGUAGAUACGAAGUACGAGCAACCACGAGCCGCUCCCGCUGUUCCCACUGUUCCCACUGUUCCCAAGAGAGAUUUGCUGGACUCUACGACGCUAUGGAGCAGUAUCUCGACAGGAGCUUUGACCAAGUCCGGGCCAGUUUCGAGGAACUUCCGAAGGCUCCGGUUGGACAUCCAGAGUUCCCAUCCAUCCAUUCAUAGGACACAAUCCGGUCAGGAGAGUCCAGACUGGGCUUGUCAGACAUCCCGGGCCAUUGAAGCUGGAAGGAUCUCAAUGGACAGUAUAUGCAUGCGUACACAGGAUUCGACACCGAGACACAUACUGGAAGCUAUGCGUAGCCCAACGGAAACAUGUUUACCAGAUCGCAGGAGAGUGCAGAGCUUCGGACCAGGACGGGAGGAGUCAAAUUACUCAGCACCUUUUAGCAGGCAUUCGGAAGGCGCCUUGCAGCUUGUACGAGGAGCAAACGCUGCUCGUCGUGUAAGAGAACCCGGGGGAAUGGAAGGCAGGAUCGGGAGAGAGCCGCUGAGGCAUGACUGCGUGCAGGUGGCUUUGCCGAUAGACUUGAACAAGAGCCUGCCUGCGUUGCCUUUGCAAAUAUGCCGGCAGCAUGGCAAGGAACAAGCGGCACCUCGAUAA